AUGAGGUUGCUACUUAUUUCAGCCUUCUUGGGAUUUUUUACAUGUUGUGCUCAGGACAUUGACGAUAUUAUUAGAGGAGCAGUUGAUGCUGCAAUACAAGACACUCCUCAAACGACUGCACAACAAGUUAAUACCAACUUCAAUCAGGUUUUGAGGAAUUCCCAACAAGGAGCAGCAGGAAGUCCAGGUGGAGGAGCAGGAGCAGGAGCACCAGGAAUCGCUGCACAGUCACCACAAGUAUCGCAGACGGCAUCCGGAGUUCCACGACGAGGGUCUACUCGACGUGCUAACUUGUUCGGAAGACGCAGACCAGUAAGACAGGAUGGCCUGUCAAGGACAAGAGCUGCUACUCUAAUUGCGAAAACAGCUGCUAAUGUACAAAACAGGUCAAGAACAGCUCGACCGUCUUUAGACCAAAAUUUAAGUAAAAGAAUCUCCGAUGGAGUUCAGGCCGUUGAACCUAAUCUAUUUGAGGCUAAAAGUAUUGUUUGUAAUCCUUCUGAUAAGUACCGGACGAUGGAUGGUACAUGCAAUAACUUGUAUCGGACAAACAUGGGAGCAGCAGGGACGCCACAGUCUAGAUUUGUACCACCAGAGUAUGGUGAUAUAUGGAAUCUAGGGUUGUAUCCGCGUACACGUGGGAAAAAUGGUAAUCAACUGCCAAACCCAAGACUCUUAUCAAACCAGAUUUUUAGAAGUAAUCCUCCAUCUUCACCAAAAAGUGGAAAGUUUAAUGUUGCUUUGACACAUUUUGGUCAAUUCAUUGACCACGACGUUGUCGCAACUCCGAUUGAAAUUGAUAAUGAUGGGACUGAUAUAGAAUGCUGCAAUGGGAACUUCCCUGUCAUCAGAUCUGAAUGUUUUCCGUUUUCAACACCACCGGGAGAGUUCUUAUACACCUGUAUGAAUUUUGUUCGUUCAGCGCCAACAUUGACGUACCCCCCUUAUGCAGGUCCACGUCAGCAAGAGAAUGCAAUAACUUCUUGGUUAGAUCUUUCAAGUGUCUAUGGAAGCAGUAAUGAGGAAUUGAAUGUCCUAAGCACAGGGAAUGACGGUAAGAUGAAAGUAGGUAACCAUGAUUUACUGCCAGAUAACCAAGACGAUGAUUCGUGUGCCGACGCAUCUCAAUCAGUAUGUUUUCAUGCAGGUGACCAUAGAAACUCCGAAGUACCUCUCCUUACUGUCAUGCAUACUAUUUUCCUACGGGAACAUAAUAGAAUUGCAGUAGAACUAAAAAACGGUCAUGGUAGUUGGACCAACGACAAAAUACUCAAUGAAGCAAGGAAGAUUUUAACAGGAGUUUAUCAACAUAUAGUUUAUAACGAAUUUCUUCCAGCCCUUCUUGGUUUUGAUUGGUCAAUAGCUGUUGGUUUGAUGAGUCAACCGCAAGGUCAUACAAAUCUAUAUAGCAGUUUUUUGGACGGUGCAACGCGUAAUGCCUUUGGAGCAGCGGCGUAUCGAAUGGGUCAUUCUCUCGUCGGUGAUUCUGUUGGUGCUUCAAAUUCAUUUUUUACCCAGGUUAAUGUUAAAGAUCUUCAUAAAACAUUUUUUAACACGGAAACUAUUCGAGACAUGGCUCAAUUUGGUCCAACACGGAUUGGAAGAUGGAUGUCUUCACAAUAUGAUAGACAGAUGGAUAGAUUUUUGUCUAAAGAAGUACGGGAUCAUUUGUUUCAAGAUGCAAUUAACCCCUUAGAUGCACUUGACCUUGGAGCACUUAAUAUUCAAAGAGGUCGAGAUCAUGGACUACCAGGAUAUAAUAGAUUCAGGCAGUUUUGUGGCCGUUUUCCAGCUGUAUUUUGGACAAACACACCAGGGGGGUUUGUAGACCAUGAUGUCACCAUGGUACAAAAGUUAAAAAAUAUCUAUGGGAAUGUAGAUGACGUUGAUCUAUACGUUGGGGCUUUGUCUGAGAGACCAGAAUCACCUGAUACAGUUGUUGGUCCAACUUUUAGAUGCCUUAUUGCCGUACAGUUCCUCUACUAUAAAUAUGCAGAUAGAUUUUUUUAUGAAAAUUAUUCCCCAGUAACUGGAUUCACUGCAGCCCAAGUCAAUGAUAUAAAAAAGCAGACCCUGGCUGGAAUAUAUUGCAGAAAUCUACAAAUAAGUAAAAUUCAACCAAAAAUAUUUCUGAACCCAGAUAACACGGAAGAUCCAACAAACCGUAUUGAUUGUACAAAGUUCCCGGACUUGAAAUUUGCUUUGUAUUAG